AUGUCGUCCACAACUAUCCACCGAAAGAAAAACAUGAAGAAGGGCAUCCAGUUCUGCCUCAUGGUCGCCGGCGUCUCUGGCACCGGCCGCACAACCUUCAUCAACUCGCUCUGCAACCGCAAAGUCAUCUCCAGUGCUGCGGCAGAGAACUACGACCCCAAGGAGGCGCAUCAGGAAAAGGGGGUCACCAUCCGCUCCGUUGGUGUUGAGCUCGAGGAAGACGGAACCCGGAUCUCCCUAAAUAUCGUCGAUACUCCCGGAUUCGGAGACAGCAUCGACAAUGAAGCCAGUUUUGCAGAGAUUCUCGGAUACCUCGAACGCCAGUACGACGACAUUCUCGCCGAAGAGUCCCGCAUCAAGCGCAACCCGCGCUUCCGCGACAACCGCGUGCACGCGCUGGUAUACUUCAUCACGCCGACCGGGCACGGUCUGCGCGAGCUCGACAUUGAGAUCAUGAAGCGCCUGUCUGCGCGCGUGAACGUGAUCCCCGUGAUUGGCAAGGCCGACAGUUUAACGCCGACCGAACUUGCAGAGAGCAAAAAGCUGAUAAUGGAGGAUAUCGAGUACUACAAGAUCCCGAUCUACAACUUCCCUUAUGACGUCGAGGAGGACGACGAGCUCACAAUCGACGAGAACGCCGAGCUAAGAUCAAAACUCCCGUUUGCGAUCGUCGGCUCAGAUAGAACCUACAUGGUUGACGGCAAAGAGGUGCUCGCGCGAAAGUACCCCUGGGGCCACGUCGACGUCGAGAACCCCAAGCACUCUGACUUUAUCGCGCUCCGCAACGCGCUGCUGGGCUCCCACCUUGCCGAUCUCAAGGAAAUCACACACUUCUCGCUGUACGAGAACUACCGUACCGAGCGUCUUUCCAAGGGCGUCGCGUCUGGCUCCGACGCGAGCCUGAACGCCGAGGAACUCGCGAGCCAGUCGUUCAUGCUCAAGGAAGAGCAGCUCCGCCGCGAGGAAGAAAAGCUGCGCGAGAUCGAGCUCAAGGUCCAGCGCGAGAUCACGGAGAAGAGACAGGAGCUGCUGAUGCGCGAGCACGAGUUGCGCGAGAUGGAGGCCCGCUUUGCGCGCGAGUCGAGCGUGGUCUCGCAGGAUGACGCGACGACGAGCAGUGUUAUUACUGCGGGUGGAGAGUGA